CCGCCCCAGGCGCUCCGGCCACGCCUUACAGUCAGUCACGUGAGGCGCCAAGAUGGCGGUGCCGCAGACGCAAACUGGGUCUCCAUUGAGGGGUGCUGGUAUGGUGCAGAUGGAAGAUAGAGAAGCGCCCCAGAACAUCAAGAUGGCAAUUUAUACACGUGGUCAGCUGAUUCCUUCUCUAGGAGAUGAAAAAUUCAGAAAACCUGUGAUCACCGAAAUCAUUGAAAAAAAGUUUAAAAAUUAUACAAAAGAUAUUUUAGAUAUGCAUGGAAUUUUCUAUGGAACUACUAGUGCCAUGUCUGGAGUACUGGCAAACGCCAUUUUCAGAAGCAGUUUCAAGGUCCAACAUGAAGCUUUGAAGAGCUUUGCUACCUUAGCUACCCUUCCAUUUUUGUCUACCGUCAUUACUUACAAGCUCUUUAUAACUGAUGCUUUGCACUCAGGUAACAUAAGCAGGGAAAACUGUGUUCUGAGAAGUAUACUGAUUGGCUUUAUAUGUGGUGUUUCAUAUCCCAGUGGUCUGGCUUUUUCUAAAAAUGGACAUUUGGCAGUAAAGUAUCAUACUGUUCCACUGCCACCAAAAGGAAGAGUUAUACUCUAUUGGUUAACCCUUUCUCAAACUGGGAUGAAAGCAAUGGUCGUUCCUCUAGUAUUUCAGGCAGUUUUUGGACUAUUACAUAGCUCACACCACUAUGCUGUAUGUGAAAGAAUGCGUGCAAAAGCUGGGCCUGAAGAUUAACCAAAGAAUCAGUAGAUACCAACUCGGCAGAAUGGACUUUUUUGUAAGGACUCAGGCAUUGGUCAAAGAGUGAGAAGUAACUCUGCUCCUUUCGCCUAGCAUAUAUCAGAUACUCAGUAAAUAUAAAUGUAAAACAAAUGCAAGUUUCAUCCUUCUUUCUUUGUUGUGUAUAGAAAUGGGUUUAGUGGGGCAGGAGAGAUGGCUCAGAGGUUAGGAGCACUGACUGCUCUUCCAAGGUUAAGAGCACUGGCUGCUCUUCUAGAGGUCCUGAGUUCAAUUCCCAGCACCCACAUGGUGACUCACAACCAUCUGUAAUGAGGUCUGGUGCCUUCUUCUGGCCUGCAGGCAGAACCCUGCAUACAUACAUACAUACAUACAUACAUACAUACAUACAUACAUAAAUCUUAGAGAGAGAGAGAGAGAGAAAGAAAGAAAGAAAGAAAGAAAGAAAGAAAGAAAGAAAGAAAGAAAGAAAGAAAGAAAGAAAUGGGUUUGGAGCCUCAAGUGUUACCUAUGCAGAUAUAACAGGUACCUGGUAUGCAUCAGGGAUUGUGCAUGUAAUAAGAAAUGAUCCCUAAAGACUUCUCAGAAGAGGAAUAAGAACUAUGAACACAUAGUAUUUGAUGGUUUAAGAGAUGCACACAUAAUGUGAGGGAACUGAGAUUGUAACUUAACUAUUUAGGCAAAUGAUGUUAUGGGGAAGGUAGCAUGAGCUAAAUGUUGGAGGAACAGGAAGUUCUUAAGAGGGGAAAAUAUAGGAGGUAUGGAGGUCCUUAUGCUGACAGAUAAGCACUAGGGGAACGAGGAAUAUUAAACACACAGGAUUGUCUCCUCAAAGGGAGGAACAUAUAACCUGUUUAAGUUUUUGAUCAGUCUGUACUAGGUCAUUCCUGUUGUGAGGGGAAACAAAAAAACAAAGCCCAGAAGCAGCCAAGCUCCAGUGGGUCAUACAACAGUGGAACUACCUAACUCAGGCAGUGCCACCAGACUCCCCUCCCCACUGGACCAGAACUGGGCAGCAGAAAGGGUCUCAGAGCUGGAGGACUCUAAGUUCUGCUCAGAUCACACAGGAGUGCGAUCCCUGAACACAGCUGACUCGGUACCAACAGGAAGUGGCUUCAGAGUCCACUUGGCUGGCUCUGCCAAGACCUGCCAAGAUGUGUCCCGAUAUGGAAUAUUUGUACACUGUGUGAAGAUGUGUUGCUGUGAUUGGUGUAAUAAAAAGCUGAAUGGCCCAUAGCUGGGCAGGAGAGGAUAGGUGGGAUUUCCAGGGUGAGAGAAAAAGAGAAGAAGGAAUCUAGGCAUGAGAGAGUUACCAGCCAGACACAGAGAAAGCAGGAUGGGCAGUAUGGAGAUGGAAGUAAUGAGCCUUGUGGAAGAACAUAAAUUUAAAAAUAUGGGUUAAUUUAAGUUAUAAGAACUAGUUAGGAACAAGUCUAAGCUAAGGCCAACCUUUUAUAAUUAAUAAUAAGUCUUCAUGUCAUUAUUUGUGAGCUGGCUGCCCAAAGAAAAGUCAAACUACAGUGUCCAGCUGACAAUUGUUUUUAAUGGUCUUCCUGAGAGAAUCCAAGCAAUAUAUUACUGCAGUCCAGAUUGCAAAAUAAUUGACAGGGAUUUUAUCCCCCUUUUCUGGGCCCUUUUUGCAUUAGCUCCUAUGCACUUCCAAUUAUCAACAUCAAUGAUUCCUUGUUUAAGAAACCAAGGAUUGAAUUUUACAGUCAUUGGUACAAAGUUGCAGAGCUGUUGCUCUGAAUAGUUUGCUCCUCUGGGUCUUAACAGGUAUCUCAAUAAUCAUAUAAAAUGCUUUGCAUCAGAGGACUGAGAAGAACCAAUGCUAAUUUCACUUUCUCACAGUUGGGACCCCUUGAGUGAGAGAACCCAACUCCUACCCUCCGCUUCUAUUUACAGAAAAAUUUUAUUACCUUCACCAAGGGUCAAGCCCCAUACAUUGGGUGGCAGUUGUAGGGAUCUCUGCAACCACCAGGGCCAAUGAUCCAAGGUAGGUAAGAAGACAGUUCAGUUCAACAAGACCCAGUAGCAGGUGUUGGUUCAAACUUCGAGAGCCUGACCUUGUGUAGUUUAGGCAUAUUUAAGCACAGCACAAUUUGGUAAAAAAUGUCCUAGUGGUGAUUAACUCAAUCCCAUAUGCACAACAAAACUUAAGACAUGACUACAUUGAAACACUUUGUAAAGUACAAGUGACAUCUUCCACAAAGAUAGGUUCUAAUAGAUUGACAACGAAAAACAAGCUCAAGAUAAGGGUCUGGGGAGGAUCCAGUGUGGUCUCGGCCACACACAUAGUACAAAGGUUACCGGGCUAUUAACCACGUCCACUCCCAGCCUUCUGGGUGGAAACAGGUUAUACAUCCCUCCCUUUGAAGGCACAGCCCUGUGUUUUGAACAUUCCUGUUUCCCCUAGUGUUAUCUGUGAACAUAGUGACAUCCAUGCCUCCUACAGAAAAAUAUCCCUUUGCUCUCUACCCUAAAUCAGUAUACUAAGUACACUCUUAGUUACAAAUUGCCUUCACUUACAAUUUAAAUACGUAUCACCUAUCUCCAUGUCAUAUAUUAAAAACCAGAAGUGUAAUGCUUCAGACCCAGUCCUAAAGAAAGAAACAUCUAAAGAAAAGAAUUCACAGCACCUCCUUUAGAAUCUGCUGAGGCAUUCAAUUGUGUAUUUAUCGUCAUUCUGAAAAUGAACACUGAUGAGAAAAGUUAUGGAAUGAGAUCCCAUAGUUCAUUCUUGUAUAUGAUUAUAUUAGAAACUGGUAACCUUGGAAAGAUGGUAAGGUUGACCUUUCUUCAUUUCCCCUGCCAUUUGAAAGUUGAGUCACUGUACCUUACUUACCUACUUCAGAUUGUCUUUUCUAAGGCUAGAGUGAUGACUGAAAGGUUAAGAGCACUUGGUGCUCAACCAGGAGGACCAGAGUUUGGAUCCCAACAUCCACACAACAAGCUGAUCCUGACCUCAUGCAUGCCUGUAAUCCCAGUGCUAAGUCGAGCAAAGACAAAAAGAACAUUGGGACUUAUGUAUACCUAUGUUGCCAAAAGACACAAGGUCCAAUUCAGUGAGAGGCCCUGCUUGAAAAGGAAUAAGACAGAGUAAUAGAGGAGGAGACCUGAUGCCCUCCUCUGGUGUCAGUGCAUGAAUACAGACAAGCACACAAACACAUGAUUUUGUGUGUCUUUCUAAGUCUGACAAUUCACUUGGCGUGACUAUCUCCAACUUCCCCAAGUUGCUUUGGUUAUGGUGUUUGAUCACAGCAAUAGCAACCCUAACUGAGACAGGUGUCUAGGGAAGGCCUGCCUUCUAGAUAAAAAAUGGCUCCUUUUUAUUUCAUGGAGAUGGAGCAAAAGAGGUCUCUGCAGCCUCUUAUAUAAGGGUACUAGUCUUAUUCCUGAGGGCAAAGUCCUAACUAUAUCCCAAAAUCCCACUUCCUAACACUAUCACCUCAUAGGUUGCAUUAAUUACUUUUCUAUUAUUAAUAUAUAUAAUACAUAAUAUAAUAAUAAAGCACCAUGACUAAGGCAACUUGUAGAAGAGUUUAGGCUCUAGAAGGUUGGAGUAUACAAUGGAGAAGCAAAGGCAUGGUGGCAAGAACAGGAAGCUGAGGGCUUACAUCUUGAACACAAGCAUGAAGCAGAGAAUACCAGCUGGACUGUCCGUGGGGCUUCAGAACCCUCAAAGCCUGCCCCCAGUGACAUACUUUUUCCAACAAGACCACACCUCCUAAGCCUCUCCAACAGCACCAACAGCUGGCAGCCAAGAAUUCAAAUUCCCAAGACUAUGAGGGACAUCUCAUUCAGUCCACCACAGAAGAUAAGGCUUCAGCAAAUAACAUUGUGGGGACAAAAACUGACUAUAGCAGCUAUCAUUAUUAUUGUUUUUGUUGUUAUUGCUGCAUUCCAACUAUCUCUGGCCUCUACUUUGCCUAUAGUUACCAGUCUAGUGUAUUUAUAGGGGGGAAAAACACAGAAAUAAAAUUCACAGAAUUAUAUCAAAUAAUUGUGCAUGUAUACAUGUAAUAUUGGUUCAACAUUUAUUACAUGAAAGACAUGUUACUAUUCA